AUGUAUAGCCCUCUCUUGGAGACGAUUCUGACUCUGAGAAUUUUCAUCAGACGUCUGACGGGCAAUAGCAUCCGAAAAAUCCACAAGAAUACCUUUGGUCACAUGGGGAAGCUGAGGAAACUUAAGCUCUCGUAUAAUCCGAUUACGAGCAUUCAAGAUGGAGCAUUCAGCGGUCUCAGCACCCUCCGAGAUCUAGAAUUGCGCGAUUGCGCACUAAAGGAACUUCGCAACGGAAUGUUCCGGAAUUUGGUCGCGUUGGAGACUUUACGCCUCGACAACAACCACAUCAAACACAUCGAUAUGGAGACUUUCGACUCCCUCCAUAAACUCCGUAUUCUAUCUAUAUCAUCGAAUCGUCUUACGAAUCUACGGUCCAGAUGGUUCAUGAAACUGAAAUCGCUCAGAGAUCUCUAUCUCGGCUCAAACCACUUGAGAGAGAUCGACAUCGAGCUCAAUCUGCCAUCCCUCGAGUUCCUGAAUGUGGAGAAUAACAAGAUUGAUUCGAUUUCCGAGACCGCCUUCUCCAACACUUCGAUCCUCACGUCCCUAAUCAUGGAAAACAAUCCAUUGAGCAAAGUGGGAGAGAUUCAUUUCCGGGCCUUGCGGAAUCUUAAAACAGCGUAUUUCACAGAGUUCGCGAUGUGUCUGUGGGUUCCUCAAGCGGAGCUAUGUCAUCCACCGGGUGACGGGAUCUCCUCUGUUCAUAACUUGCUUCAGAGUGAAUUUCUUCGAGUGUUUGUCUGGAUCAUCGCGGUCAUGGCAUGCUUCGGGAAUUUGCUGGUCCUCAUUGGUCGCAUGUUGUUCCGGGAACCCAAUCGAGUGCACUCUUUUUACAUAAAGAAUCUCGCUUUCUCGGAUUUUCUGAUGGGAGUCUAUCUCUUCAUCAUCGCAGCCCACGAUGUUUUGUUCCGUGGAGAAUACAUUCGUCACGAAUUCCGCUGGCGACACUCCCUCAGCUGCGCCGCCGCGGGCAUAAUCGCCACGAUCAGCUCGGAGGCAUCGGUGUUCACUUUGACGGUGAUCACGACGGACCGCUUCAUUUCAAUCAUGUAUCCGUUGUCAACAAAGAAACGCACUAUCACUAAAGCGUGGACGCUUAUGUGCUUGACUUGGUCAGCCGCCUUCAUGAUUGCGAUCUACCCUUUGACGCAACCGGAUUCUUUCGCUUCAAUUUUUUAUGGAUCGAACGGCGUAUGUCUCCCCUUGCAUCUGCACAAGCCAUACAUAAAAGGUUGGGAAUAUUCGGCGUUGAUCUUCUGCACGAUCAACUCGUUAGCGUUCGCCUUCAUUGCGUACGCCUACGUGAGUAUGUUUCUGAGCAUCACGGACUCGCGCUUGAAUCUGCGGUCGACCCAGCAGCUUCAGGACCGUGCUAUCGCGAAGCGUUUUGCUUUCAUCGUGGGCACUGACUUCAUGUGUUGGAUGCCCAUCGCCGGUGUCAAGAUUGUUGCCUUGCUUGGUUUUCCCAUCAAUGAAACACUUUACGCGUGGGUCGCGGUGAUUCUGUUACCGGUCAACUCGGCUUUGAACCCUGUUCUGUAUACACUCACUACAAGACUAUUCAAGCUGCAACUUGCGCGUUAUUUUUGGGGUCUCAAGCCAUUCCGCUUCCGCGCUAGACGAAGCUCUAAGAAGACUAUGGCGACCACUCUCACCGAACAGGCCAACUUUGGAAGUCGGUUAGCCUCGAUUAAGCUGCACGGAAAGCAUGCUCAACUACAAGUCAUUGAUCGCGAUCAGCUCAACCGGAAACUCCGCGAACAGUUCGUGUGA